AUGCCCGGCCGACCGACGGCGACCUCACCCCACCCAGAAAUGGAGGGAAUUGCAGUCAUCGGAAUCGGGUGUCGCUUUUCUGGAGGUGCAACAUCUCCCGAAGAUUUCUGGCAGAUGCUAUGUGAGGGUCGCACUGGACACGGAAAGAUUCCUUCAAGCCGAUAUGAAGCUUCUGCUUGGCAUCAUCCGAGUCAUGAUCGCAAAGGCGCGAUUAAUCAUGACAGCGGAUUCUUCUUGGAACAAGAUCCCUCCCGCUUUGAUGCACCCUUCUUCUCCAUUACCGCCAAAGAGGCCGCGGGAAUGGACCCAGCACAGCGUUUGCUGCUAGAGGUUGCAUAUGAAACUUUCGAGAACGGCGGUAUUCCAAUCGACUCACUUCCAGGGAGUAACACAGCAGUGUACUCCGGGUCGAUGACCAAUGAUUAUGAGUUAUUAUCAACUAGAGAUAUUUACGAUAUGCCUCACAACUCUGCAACUGGAAAUGGAAGGACUAUGCUAGCAAAUCGCUUGUCAUGGUUCUUCGAUCUCCAAGGUCCCAGUAUCAUGAUGGACACCGCAUGUUCCUCAAGUUUGACUGCAGUGCACCUUGCAGCUCAGUCUCUGCGUUCGGGCGAGUGCGGAAUGGCACUUGUCACUGGAGCCAGCUUAAUUUUACAUCCGAAUUUCACACAACGGCUCUCUUACAUGCAUAUGAUGAGUGCAGAUGGCACAAGUCACUCAUUUGACGAGUCUGCUAAUGGCUAUGGCCGAGGAGAAGGAAUUGGCGCGGUGCUUUUAAAACCCCUCAGCGCUGCUUUGGCCGAUGGUGACAAUAUUCGAGCCGUCAUUCGCGGUACAGGUAUUAAUCAGGACGGUCGUACUCCUGGAAUUACUUUGCCAAGUCCGACAUCACAAGCAAAUCUGAUCCGGUCGACAUAUGAGCGGCACGGAAUUUCAAUGAAAGACACUGCAUAUUUUGAAGCACAUGGUACCGGUACGCCAGUCGGAGAUCCCAUAGAAUUGUCCGCUGUUGGAAUGACUUUAGGUGAAGCACGAUCAGCGACCGACGAGCCGAUAUAUGUAGGCUCCGUGAAAUCGAACCUCGGCCACACCGAAGGAGCUGCAGGUGUGGCUAGUUUGAUCAAGGUCGUUCUUUGUUUGGAGAAGGCCACAUUAGUGCCAAAUGCAGGCUUCAAAAAAAUUAACCCCAAGAUUCGUCUUGACGAUUGGCGUUUGCGCCUGAGUGACAAAACGAUACCCUGGCCAGAUCAUCUACCACAACGAGCUAGUAUUAACUCAUUUGGAUUUGGCGGGUCAAAUGCGCACAUCAUUAUUGAAAGCACCAAAGAAGCCUUCAGGGGUAAUGAUGAAGACAGAGAGCCUCCUCCCCGUGUUGUGGUUUUCUCUACAUUUGACCAAGCUGGUAUUGACCGACUAGCUGAAAGUUGGAACACCUUCGUCCAGCGUCAGCAAAAGGCCGAGCAAGAAAUCCCGAUGAAAGAUCUUGCCCAUACGAUGCUGAAUCGCCGUUCUCAAUUGGGCUUCCGCAGCUUCGCAGUUGCCAACACAGGGGAUCAACUUGGGGAGAUCCUGGAAAAGGGUCUGCCUAAGUUUGCCCGAGCCAGUCGCAAAAUUCAUACGCGAACCGCUUUUGUCUUCACUGGUCAGGGUGGUCAGUGGGCUGGUAUGGGCCGAGAGCUUUUGAGAGCCGAAGUUUUUAGAGAAAGCAUGGCGCGUUCACAGGAGAUCCUUUCAUCUAUGGGAUGUCCGUUUGACAUUGUUGAAGAAAUUCGACUCGAGGCAAAGGAGAGCCGUAUCAACCGACCUGAUCGCAGUCAGCCUAUAACUUGUGCUUUACAAAUCGCUUUGGUUGAUCUUUUGGCCAGCUGGUCCGUUCAUCCCAAUGCAGUUGUCGGACACUCCAGUGGUGAAAUUGCCGCUGCCUAUGCUGCUGGUUAUCUCUCACACGCAGAUGCCAUGCGGGUCGCAUGGUUCCGUGGCUUCUUUUCGCAGCAGAUCGCAGAGAGUGACAAGCGUGGAGGUAUGCUCGCUACCGGAAUCUCGGCAGAUGCUGCAAAGAAGUACCUUGACGAACUUCCGCCAAGAUCAGUCGUUGUGGCCUGCGUCAAUAGUCCUGCCAGCACAACUCUUUCUGGUGACGUGGACCUUAUCGACCAGCUUGAAGUCAGGCUACAGAAAGACGGCCACUUUGCUCGAAAGCUGCGCAUUGACACAGCUUAUCACUCUCCUCAUAUGGAAGAGCUAGUGGAUGUGGUCGGAAAUGCUAUCGAGUGCAUCAAGCCGGAAGAUCGCCACAAUGGCUCGAUUCCCAUGCUUUCAUCCGUCACAAAGGAGCGUGUUCAUUCUGCCGAACUUGGUGGAUCAUAUUGGGUGCGAAACAUGGUCAGCUCGGUUGAAUUCACGGCCGCCGUCUUGCAACUCGCAACCCUAAAUGAGUCUAGCAAGGCUCGCCGUCGGCCGGUUCCUGUCAAAUGGACCUCGCUGGUUGAGAUUGGCCCUCACGCAGUGCUCAAGGGACCAGUCACUCAGAUAUUAAAAGCUGUCAACACAAGCAUGUCUUCUCUCCCUUAUCACUCCUUGGUUGCGCGUAACCAGCACGCGUUGCGAACGGCACUCGAGACUGCUGGCUCUCUUUGGAGCACAGGUCAUGAUGUAGACCUUGCUGCGGUCAACAGUAGUGUCGAUAACACAACCCCAUCAGUCGUUUCUGAUCUGCCUUCUUAUCCAUGGAACCACCAAACAUCAUUUUGGCAUGAACCGCUGGAGACAGCUCAGCUCAGACAGCGCAAACAUCCACGCCAUGACAUUCUAGGCGCUCCCCUAGAUUAUCAAAAUGCCUUGGAGCCACGGUGGAGAAACUUCCUGCGCUUGUCAGAGAAUCCUUGGAUGGCUGAUCACGUGGUGGCUGGAUCGAUUGUCUUCCCAGCUGCAGGUAUGCUUGUGAUGGCCAUUGAGGCGGCCCGUCAGCUCGCCGAUGAUCAGGCUAAGGUGAGAGGAAUCGAGUUUCAAGACGUUCGCUUUAUGCGCGGAGUGGUCAUCCCAGACGAGGAUCGGGGUCUGGAAACCGUUCUGCAAGUCUCCCCUCACCCAGGAAUCUCAGGCUGGUACAAAUUUGGCAUCUUCUCCCUUCCCUCUGGGGGAUCCUGGAUUCAGCAUGCGAAGGGUACAUUUACUAUGCGAUACGAGAACCGAGAAGAUGAUGAAGUGAAUGCAAACUGGGAAGCAGCUGUGGGCCGCAUCAAGAACACACAGUCAACUGCACAAAAGGCCGAUGUUGGGGAGGCAUACCAAUGGCUUUCUCAUACUGGAGGACUGACAGUUGGCCCAGCCUUCAAGACCAUCACCGGCGUCUCAUUCUGUGAAUCAGAGCCCCGUUUGUGGCUGUCAGGUGUUGUCACAGAGACAAAGCAAGCAAUGCCCCACGAAAUCGAGACGCCAAGUUUUAUUCACCCCACGACUCUUGAUUGCCUCUUCCAGUCUACUCUUCUGUCCUGUUCUGAAGCUCUGUCGAGCAACAAUGCCAAUAUCCCCGUUGGGGUGGACCAUAUCUAUAUCGCCGAUGCCUUCCAGCCAAAGUCUGGUGAGCACUUUGCUGUUCAUACAGAAAGUCAGUGGCGAGAUGGCAAAUCCCGAUCUAGAUGUAUUGCGUCCGAUCCCUCUUGGUCACAGCCCUGGAUUACAUUCGAAGGUGUUCACCUUGGCCGUUUGCCUUUCAAUCCCAACUCUCAAAAGAAGGAGGAUGCGGCAUCUGACAGCAGAUACUCCUCCGUGGUUUGGGGUGAACACUUGGAGUCACCCAUUGUGACUGGUCAGAGCCCAUCUGACGGCAGUAAAGGCACCGUUGUUGAAACCAGUGAUUUGCAGCUAGGAGACUGGAUCAAGCGUCUGUGUCAUACAAAUGGUGAUGCGAAGGCAUUGAUCACCACUUCAAAUACAAACUACUCCUGGGUUGAAGACCUGGAAAUGGUACCGGGUGCCGGAAAGCGACCCUGCCUAGGAAAGCUCACAGUUGCCUUGUGUGGCUUUAAGGAUGAAGAGAAGAGCGAUACCCAGAACAACCUGGUGGGGACACAAAUUGUGCCUCUCAAUGCACUUGGUGAAAUUCCAUCCUCUUCUCUUGCCGACCAGUCGUUUGAUCUUGUCGUUAUCGACGACCUCAGUCUUUGGGAAGGCGAAACCCCACAGGCAAUUGCUUCGCUCCUUCCGAACAUUCUUGAGCAUGGUGGCUUUGUGGCAAUGCGCGUCUCAGAUCAAAAUCUUGAAUCUGCGGUCGAGGCGUUGCAGCAAUUCAGUGGUCUUGACAUUCACAGCAUGACUGAGGAUCGCAACUUUAUUAUCACGCGCAAGACGCCAGUACAGUGGACAACAGAUUCCGAGAUCUAUAUCUUGAGCCCAACAGACAAGUCCAACUCUUUCCCUGUGUUUGACCACCUUGAGAAGAUCUUUGCCACCCAUAAAGUUCGCCUAGUUUCUGUUGGAUUAGAACAGAUCCCUGCAUUGGAAAACAAGACAGUGAUUUCAUUGCUAGAUCUGGCCGGCCCUUGGGUGUCUGAAUGGACAGCCAUUGACCUCAAGCAUCUCCAAGAGCUCAUUCACGCACAAUAUGUUCUUUGGAUCUCACCAUUCUGGGCUCAAGGAGGUGUUGAGAAUGUCGGAUCAGGCGCUACGGUCGGUCUUCUCCGCACACUUCGUAACGAACAUUGGAAUACUAGUAUUCCACAGCUGCUUGUGGACGAAGAAGAUUUGCAGGAUCAAUUUGGGCUGGCUUGUGGAAUUUUGCAGGUCAUGCAGCUCACCACGCAGGAAAGUUCCCGCCGUCAUGAUUUGGAGUACCGUCUAUCGAAUGGUCGACUUUUAAUCCCACGUGUCCUCGAGACCUCUGCAGUUGAUGAGGCUAUGCAGACACUGGUCAACGGUCCCAAGCCUGUAUUAGCAGAUCUGGCAAUGGACUCUCGACCCCUCGAGCUGAAGAUCGAGGACGCAAAUCGUGCCCACUGGGCGGAGCAGCAAGUUCCCGAAGGAGAAUUGCCGUCAGACCAUGCCGAGCUCAAGAUUGAGAUGGCCGCGGUCUUUGAAUUGAACGGAGACCUAGGUAAAAGCCCCGAGACCGCCCUACCAAUGAUUGAAAUUUCCGGGAAGGUCACCCGGAUUGGAUCAGGAGUGAACGAUCUCAACGUUGGCGACAAGGUUUUGACGCUGUCUUCGGCAAAAUCUGGACUUUCCACAACAAUUCGCGUACCGGAGAGCGACAUCAUCAGGAUACCAGCAAACACAAAUCCUGCACAGGCAAUUUCAACUCCUCUCGCCUACCUCAAUGCCUAUCAAAUCCUCACAGAAGUGGGUCGCCUGCGCGCAAAUUCAUCUGUUCUCUUGGUUGGAUCGAUCAGCCAAACCCUACGAGCUAUGAUUGAUUAUGCCCUUGUCAUGGACAUGCAUGUUAUCGUGGCUACCGACUCCCAGGCUACUUCUGAUAUUCUCUCUUCCCGCUACCCGCACCUUCAGGAUCGGAUCCUUGGUAUCCAUGGCAGCCUGGAAGCAAGUGUAUCCAGACUGACCAACGGAAGUGGAGUGGAGGCUGCUAUAGGUUUCCUAGGUGGAUAUUCCGGCUGUGUUGCGGCAAGAUGCUUGGUUCAAGGCGGCCAGUACAUCAAUUUGUCCAGUGAUAUGAAGUUGAGUGCUUUGCCUGAAAGCUUCAUCGAAAGUGGUUGCACCUUCUCCUCACCGAAACUGCAGAGAACAUUUUCAGAGAAGCCUGGUAGCCUUCACGCCUCAGUUCGCCAUGUCAUUGACUUUAUGAAGAAGCACAAGAUGCUGGAGCGUGUGGAACCCUACGCUACUUUCCCUGUUGCCGAUGUACAAGCAGCCCUGAAGCAUUGCAAGGAUACUGAUACCCGAGCUAUAGUGGACCUUCAGGCCCCUGGUCAAGUUCCAAUCGUUCUGCCGUUGCCCGAGCUUGCCGCUUUACCGUCGGAUAAGACUUAUAUCCUGGCUGGUGGAUUGGGAAACCUUGGCCUUGCUCUUGCUGAAACUUUGGUACAGUCCGGGGCCCGUCAUCUUGUAUUCCUGGGCCGAUCUGGUGGCGUCCAGCAUGAUCAACAACUCGCCCUUGACUUGUUUAGAGGCCGGGGAUGCACUAUCGACGUCGUGCGCUGUGACAUCUCCAGGAGAGGAGACAUUGAUCACCUUGAAUCCAAGAUCCGCAACAAGAAGUGGACAGUUGGAGGUGUGAUUCAGUGCACAACAGUCCUUAAGGACACAAUGUUCGAGAAGAUGUCAUUCGAUGAUUGGACCCAAUCGACUGAUUCCAAGAUUCGCGGCACAUUGAACUUACACCAUCUCUUCCCCAAGCAAGCAAGCUUGAACUUCUUCGUGGCACUAUCUUCUGUGGCAAGCGUCAUUGGAAACAUGGGUCAAGCUAACUACUCUGCUGGAAAUGGUUUCAUUGAUGCUCUCAUGGAAUGGCGCCGAGGCAAUGGCCUUCCCGGCCAUUCCAUCAAUAUUGGCCUUGUUCCAGAUGCUAGUGGGCUCAGUGAUAUCAACGAAGAUCAAGAGCAGCGCCGCCGCCGCUACAAGCAUCUUGCGGGUACAGAGAUCAUGACGCACGAGCUUCAAACCUUGUUGCGUGUGAUCAUCAACAGCAAGCUUUCUUUGCCUUCGCAGAUUGUAGCCGGUAUGACCGACUCCCUGUCUCGCAAAAAUGCUCCUUCUGCUUGGCUUUUCGAUCGCAAGUUUGAUCACCGGCUUGCCCUUGCUGUUGAACAAAACGAGACAGCCGAAGUCCUCACCAGCACUUUGCUGAAAGAGUCCGGCUCAGUUGAUGCCGCAACUCAGAUUGUCGUCGACUCUCUGAGCGAAUAUCUGGCACAUGCAAUGGCUACUACAGCUGAUUCUAUCGACCCGGAUCUACCUCUGUCUGCCUUGGGUGUGGAUUCUCUCAAAGCUACAGAGGUGCAGAAUUGGGUCUCGCGUGAAUUGGGAGCUGAAUUGUCCUCUUUCGAGUUCCUUGGAUCACAACCGACCAAGGCAUUGGCAAGAAAGAUCGCCUCAGCUAGCUCUUUCGUCUCCGAAUCGAGCUGA